CUCAACUAUAUACUAUCUCAAUCGCUUGCGCUGUCUCAGCGAAGUGUCAUGUUUGCCACCAGGAUUUUCUAUGCCUAUACCCUUUAAUCAGAACCUAACGCUGGGAUGAUCGACCCGUUUCAACUUCACCCGCCUUCACCUUCACCAUCAGCAUGAAACGAUACCAAUUUGCCAGAUGUCGGUGACCAACGCUACGCAAAUGCAACAGGUGCACGAUGGAGUCGCCGUAGUCGACUGGCAACAGUGGUUGGACCUUGAAGACGGCUCUGUGAAUGGAAAGCAGAGGAGAUUGCGAAUUGCAAGUCCAGAGCCACGUGGCGAUGCCUCUUCAAGGAGAUCGUGGCCGCUUCCAUCACCAACAUCACCGCUAGCCGCUCCCGAAAAUGCAGUCCUAGCCAAUGAGGACCGAGUUCUACCUAUCCAGCGCCCGCGAGCGAAUUCCCUGGCUAUCUCUUCAGCCGACUCUCUGGAAAAAGUACAACUGCCAGAUGUCCGCAAUGUCACAGUCACACCAAGUCCGUUUGCAGACCAAACGACCUACCCUAGGAACGAGCCUCAGAUUGCCACUCUCAUCGGCGAGCGAGUUGUCGAGGAACCAGACCCGGAACUUGGACGACCACGAGCUCCCAGUCGAGGAAGCAUAGAGAGCUUGGAGAGACUGUACAAGUCGAAACGCCACAGCAGCAAAAGGGGCAAGUUUGCCCAAAUAUUCUUCCGAUACUCGAUGUAUCUGUUGUUAGUGUGCUUUAUCUACUUUGUCAUGGUGGGAGUUCCCUUGUGGAGGGGGGUGGUUUGGUAUUUAUGGUUUACUUUGAAAUACAAACGCGUUUUACGGGGAGGCUGUGCCAUCCUUGUCAGUAUUGCAUUUGCUUAUGCCAUAGGUACUUUGCUCGUGAGAUACGAGCCUGACCCGGCACCUAUACCCCCCGAAGAGGCCCAAGCCUAUAUUGAGCGCAACAGCAGUACAGCUCUCAUUGUGCCUUGCUACAAAUCUGCUGAGAUCAUCGGACGUACCCUCGAAGCAGCCCUGCAAAUAUUCCCACCGGAGAACAUCUUUGUGGUUGCCAACGGCAACAGUCCCACACCUCUCGACAACACCGAAGAAGUAUGUCGACCCUACGGCGUCAACCAUAUUUGGGUUCCUGUGGGUUCAAAGAUUGUCGCUCAAUUUGUUGGGGUCUAUGCUGCACACAAGUUCCAACAUGUCCUCAUGAUUGACGACGACUGUGCCCUUCCUGCAGGGUUUCCCAUCGUAGCAGAUCGGAUCCAACCUGGCAAAAAGAAAGGCCUGAUCAAAUGCGUUGGAUAUACCAUCAAAGCUGUUGGUCCCAAUGGCACCAAAGGUACCAUUGUCCAACAACUCCAAGAUAUGGAGUAUAAGCUAUCCGGAAUGGCUAGGAAGUGGCAGGCAACAUGGGGCUCUGCGACUUUCGCCCAUGGCGCCAUCGCGCUCUGGGAGCGGGAUUUCAUUCUCAAAUGUUUUCGACAUCACCCUGGAUUCAAAAUCUCCGAAGACUGGUUUUUCGGUAUGGUCUGUCGAAACAUGGGAGGCCGCAUUGUCAUGUGUUCGGCUGUCUUGGUGGAAACCGAAGUCCCUUCAGGAUUGUUCGUGGGCGCUGGCGCCAGAGGAGGUUUUGGGGAGAUGACGGUUUACAAACAACGGUUCUAUCGCUGGAACUUUUUCUUUGUCUUUCGCAUCUGGCACAAUGUGAAGCACAUUCUCUUCAGCUGGAACCUGGGCAUCUAUUCGAUCGGCGACAAGGUUUACACUUUUCAAGAGCUCCUGGGGACACUCUUCUUCCUUGGUGGUCCUAUUCUCCUACCACUGGCCUUCAUUGUGGAACCAAGGUUCGCUGGUAUUAUGACCGGCGCUGUCAUUGGCAUGUACUUUAUCAUUGUCAACCUGUUUAAUGAGAUUAUAUUACGUCAAAAGAGGGAGAUGGUCUCCCGAAAAGUUGUCAUCUUCUGCUACAUCCCGUACAAAUUUGUACUACGAAUUAUGAACAUUUUCUCAGUAUAUUACGCCGUUUUUACAUACCCACGAUAUUUCGCCGUGCGGCAUUUGUCGAUUGUUGAGGACCAACAAGUGGUCGAGCUUGUGAUACAGUCAAAGGGAAACGAAGCCGGGCAAAACCCCGAAAAACAAGUUGCUCGACCUGAGUGCGCCGCCCUCUCCGAGCGUGUCGUUUAG